AUGGCUGACAGAAUCACGUCUCUUACCAUUCACUGCCACAGUGCCACCACGGAUAGCUGUCUGCCCUUUUCACCCGGCCGAUGCUCUCCGGAAUCCUCAGCUUUGAGCAAGAUUCCGCGAUACCUGUUCAGGGUCCACGCACCGAGCACAUCAGGUCAAACAUCUCUAAAGGAAGUCGUCUCCAAAGCUGCUCUGGGUGGGCACGCCAGAGCUGGUCGAGACAUCUUUUCGAUGCCCGCAGAAGAAGCAGCGGAGAUGCUCAACUGCCACCUUCGUUGGUGGGCGAGAAACUUCGACAACCUCAUGUCUUGGACCAGCUCUUUGCUCUUCGCCUUACAAUACGCCCUGUAUCGCAGUAUCAAGCUCCAAGGUGGGCGGCUCGACGAAGCGUCCGAUAUAUGGAUCUAUGUCGUGGAUACGAGAAAUCUACCUGAGGGUUCGUUCAUCUCAGAUCAGGCACUUCUUAACGCAUUUACUGGGAAAGAUGCAACACAUCCAUACAACCUAUCCAACUUUCGACAAUUACGCGAACGCUACAACUUUGGCGAGUAUUUAUGUCAAGGAAGGCUGUCGAUUACAGGUGCAUCUACUUCUGCAUCUCUCAAAAGCAUCAUUGAGCACGGCCUUUUCAGGCUAUGCCCCGAACUAGGCCUGCCGAACGAAAAACCGGAACUUGCAAACAGGGUGUGCAGGCUUCGCACCCAGUGCUUUGCUUCUUCCACGCCGGCGGACAAGGCCGACUUCCGCUUCGCCAGCACUAUUGCUCAAGGAUGUUUCGGAGAGGAAUGGGCACUUCCAAUGACGGCGGCAUUUCUCUCAUUGCGAAGGCGACCAGUAAAUGAUGUUGUCAUCGUUGACGGGUUUAACGCCCUCUUCUCCGAGCAGGAGAUUUGUGCGCAUGACCUCGGUUCGUUCAAGACCUAUCAUCGUGAUACACAUCCGGAGACUCUGCAAUUCUCCAAAGUCAUUCAAGACCUUCACAGUGACUACUGCACGAGAGUACUUGAUUCUGUCCUCGACACCACCACGAAGCUAUCGCUUGUAUCUUUCUGA